AUGACCACCAAUUGGCAGUACCCUGAGCAACUGGUCCCUUCAUCUACUAAUUAUGCUAUGAUUCCAGGGUACUCAAAUCCUUGUAGUUAUGUGGCACUGGUUGACGAUAAUUGUUGGCUUCAAAGAAGAGAAGAUACGGAAGCAGAAACAAAGUGUAAGAAAGGUGGCGGUGCUCGGAGGUACAAAACACCAAGCCCACAGUUGCUGAGAAUGCGACGGCAAGCAGCAAACGCCCGGGAAAGGAAGAGGAUGAAUUGCCUGAACGAAGCGUUUGAUCAGUUACGAACCGUUUUGCCUGAAAUGAACAGCGGCAAACGAUUAUCGAAAUUUGAAACGCUUCAGAUGGCACAACAUUAUAUCGACUGUCUAGCCCAAAUGCUGAAAAGAUCAAAAAGCAAAUGA